UAUAGAAAAAUGUUAAUCAGUAAUAAUAAUAAGCAUAAUAAGUACAGUGGAAUACUUAUAAACGAAAAAAAAACAAAAUCAAAUAUUAAUUUUUGAAAAACAGGUUAAGAGGUGUUGGAUGAAAUUUUUUAUUUUGAAAAAUGAAGCAUUUAAUUUUGCUGUUACUACUUAUCGAAAUUAUUACAUGCGACGACUUUGAAAGAUUUUGUGAUUCCGUAGUGAAUAGAAUAAAUGAAAUUAAUCAACAUGUGAGAGCAACAAAUAAUUCUUAUAUGUACUCAACGAAUGAUUCAACAAUUUAUAAUGGUGGUAGCUAUGAUUUUAUUAUAGUUGGAGGAGGAUCGGCAGGAUCAGUUUUAGCUUCCCGUUUAUCGGAAAUUAAUGAUUGGUCAAUACUGUUAGUAGAAGCUGGUGGAUUUAAAGAUAAUUUCAGCGAUAUACCUGGACUUUCAAGUUUUCUUCAAAUAUCUGAUAUGGAUUGGGGCUAUUUAACAACCCCACAAAAACAUUGCUGUUUAGGGAUGAAAAAUAAUCAAUGUGUUUAUCCAAGGGGAAAAGUGAUAGGUGGAUCAAGUACUAUCAACGGGUUGGUUUAUACAAGGGGUAAUAAAGAUGAUUUCGACGAAUGGGAAAAGUUAGGUAAUCCAGGAUGGUCUUAUAAAGACGUUCUACCAUAUUUUAUAAAAUCAGAAAGGAAUGAUAUCGAGAAAAUUGAUAAAGGAUAUCAUGGUUUUUAUGGUCCUCUUCACGUUAACCUCACAUCCCCAUCUGAUGUUACAACUGAGUAUGUUAAAAAAGCAUUUAACAAUAUUGGAGUUAAAGAAGUAGAUGUGAAUGGAAGACAACAAUUAGGGACGUCGAUAGUACCUUUAAAUAUCAAUUUCAACAAACGUUGUAGUGGUUACAAUACGUUUAUAACUCCCAUAGAAAAACGUAGAAAUUUAAAAAUCCUUUUAAACGCAUUCGUUUUCAAACUUAUAUUUAACAAAAAUGAAGCAAAAGGAAUUUUAUAUAAUAAAAAUGGUAAAAUUUACAAAGCAACUGUGAAAAAAGAACUAAUUUUAUCAGCUGGUGCUGUAAAUACACCACAGAUUUUAAUGUUAUCAGGUAUAGGUCCAGAAGAAGAUCUUACGAAACUUGGUAUCGAUGUUAUACAUAAUUUACCAGGUGUUGGGGCUCAUCUACAAGAUCAUCCCCAUUUAUUCAUACCAAUUCGUACUAAUAUUACUAGAGAUAAUUCUAAUUUAGCGGAGGAUUUAAAAAAAUAUGUUCAUGCUAAAACACCCCUUACAAGAGGUUUGUCAUCUGAACUAAUUUCUUUCACUAAAUUAACUGAAGAUUCACAUUCGAAUAUUGAAUUAUUAACGGGGAUACCUUCGUCAAUAAGUCCUAAUCCAAAACAGUUAUAUAAUUCUAAAUAUAAUACAAUGAGUGAUUUAAACAUAACAACAGAUUUUUUGAUGGGAGUGAUAUUGUUAAAACCUUUAUCCGUUGGGAAAGUUUCUUUGAAAUCGAAAAAUCCUUCGGAUUUUCCUUUAAUAGACAUUCGAUAUUUUUCAGAUCAGCAAAAUAUAGAUAUAAACACAAUGUAUGAAAGUAUCAAGUACGUAAUGAAACUAAUACAAACGAAUGAAAUGAGAAAAAUCAAUGCUUCUUAUAUCAGUCAACAACGUGGAUGUGAACAUUUAUUAUCAAACGAAUGCAAAAUAUCUGGUUAUCAGAAUGAUUGUGAUAAAAAUUAUUGGCAUUGUGCUAUCAGAAGAUACAGUAGUACUACUUAUCAUCCAGUCGGUACUGCCCGAAUGGGUCCUGAUCCCAAAUACCACGUUGUCGAUCAUACUUGUAUGGUACAUUAUUUUAAAAAUUUCAGGAUUGUUGAUGCGAGCGUUAUACCUAAUAUUAUAAGCGGUCAUAUUAAUUCCGUAGUUUAUAUGAUUGCAGAAAAAAUAUCUGAUAUUAUUAAAGUUUCACUAUCAGAUAAAUACGAAUAAUAAUAAUCGAUGUAUCGUUUUGUUAAACAAGUUAUUGUUUUCCAAAAUCGAUUCGACGUUUUCAAUGAUUAAAACAAAAUAAGAAA